AUGAAGUGGUCCAGCUCACUGUCGGCCCUUCUGGCCAGCACGGCCACUUUUGUCUCGGCAAGCCCUGUUGCUUCUCGUGAAUUGAAGCUCUACAACCUCAAGAUUGUCGCGCCCCUCGCAUCCAACCUCAACGGCCGCUACCUGUCUAUCAACCCUGACGGCAGCGUGGGCAUAUACUCUAACCACCCUGUCGACUUGGGCGGGGUCCCGCCGAGCGCGCCUGUGCCGCCGUCGGCAUCGUCUUCCCCUGCGAGCGGCCAAGUCCAGCCACCGCCGGCGGCCAAGUUCUACGUCACCCAGUCCGGCCCCACGGGGUCCCCGGCGGCCAGCUACUACGAGCUGCACACCUACCCCAUUGGCAUCGUCGACCAUGCGCUGGGCCUUAACGGCUCCGCGACUGCCGGUCUCCGUCACCUCGUCGACGUGGUCAACCCUGGGGCGGCCGGUGCCGGCACUGGUGGGGACAAUGCGCCCGACUGGAGGUCGUUUACGCUGGACAACUUUGAUACUCUCGCGGGCGGCGAUGACAACGGCGACGGCAACGGUGCCGAAGGCCGUGCUGAGAUUGACAUCGCCAAGCGGAUCCCACCGCCUCUGCCACUCAACGGUUUCUCGUACGGCGGCUCCGGCCACGGAAAGUGGUUGGUGUUCCCGCGAGGCAGCAAUACCUUUGUCGUGGCGUGGUAUGAUGGCACAUCGAUCAUUACUCAAAACUACCGUUCUGUUGAUAUCAUCUACGAGCCGACCACAGCGUAA